ACUUAUUUUGAAGAUAGAGUUCAUUGGAGGGCGAGUGCGCUUCUACAAUAAGAAGAUGUCAGAUCGAUCGACCCUGGAAGUCUGAGCUAGACCACGCCAGACUCCCUAUAUGUUCGGGAGAAUAUUCACCUCUCAGUUCAAAAAUACAUAGCCUAUAACUAUUUUUAUAAUGUAACAGAGACGUAUAUAUGAUGUCUGGUAAUAAUCGCUGUAGCUCUGGCAAAAUUUUCUACAGGAUUUAUUUUGUUUAAAAGAUUUUUUUUUUUUUUUACAGCAAUGCACAAUAUGAUGCAUGGUGUAGUCUGAUAUUGGAGGAAUCUAAAAGACUGAAUUAUUCUAAGCCCGAAGUCAACCAGAAAGGCUAUGAGAAUUUCGACGAUCAUAAAUUACGUAUCUACAGUUCCAAGAUAACUGUGAGAGAUUUGACCUGUAUAUUGUGAGGACUUGUGAGGACAGAAGUGCACAGAAGCCCAAUAUAUUCUGUGCUUACAACAUCUUCAUAAACACGUACAAUAGAUCAGAUUUGUGGGGGUCGCACGGUUAAUUUCAUACAGGGAGUGGAUCCAGAGCUCUUUUAGAGAGAGAGAGAGAGAGAGAGAGAGAGAGAGAGAGAGAGAGAGAGAGAGAGGGGGGGCAUGCAUAUAACGGAAACGGUAGGCAAGGUUUGUGAAAGUCGCGCAAGAAUAUUUUCGUGAUUAGUAAAAAAAAUCAAAAAAUUAUAGGGCUGUGCGGUGCACCGAAAAUUUCGGUGCACCGCGAUUCAUACCAUUCGAUUCGAUGCACCGAUUACAAAUUCUGGAUUUCGGUUCGGUUCGGUUUAGAUUUUACUUACACCAAAACAACAAAUAUGGCGUCCGAGUGAUGUUGAAAACAUGUGGUUUUUUAUGCAACGGAGAUUUAAAUCACUACUGUGUUAAGAGUUAGCAUUUUCACCACUCAGAUACCAACAGAAUAUGGUCCGUAAGAUCAUUGCAGUUUAUCUUUACAUGACAUAUAGCAUUUCUGUCAGUGGUGGAGUGAAAUCAACAUCGUAGGUAAUGACACAGAUUUGACAGUUAACAUGAGAGAAGUAAAUCAAUAAAGGAGAGAUUUUCAAAGACUCUCAAUCGAUAGAAUUGUUGAAGUUUUGCAUAUCAAUGAAAACAAUAUCAUAUACAUUUUAGAUUCACUAUAGAUUUGUUUAAUAAUCCAAAACUUAUGCAGCACAUUAAUAUAACAAAUUUUGAUAGACUGUCAGUGUUUUCUUUUUUCUAUCAAAGUUAUAAAAUGCCAUUAUGAAUAGAUAUGAUGUUUACAAAUGACAACAUAUAGUUAUAUAACUUGAAUUAAAUCAAAUCAAAUAUGCUACUCAUUAAAAUUGUUAAUUUUUGUGGUGUCAUUAGAUAAAUUGGACCUAACAUGAACCGAAUCGAAAAUAACCGAACCGUGCUGUUCUGAAUCGAAACCGAACCGAAUCGAGCUAACCUUGAAUCGUCCCAGCCCUAAAAAAUUACAAACAAAGAAUUGUAACCCAAUAGCCCUAAUUUUGGUGUAGGCAUCAUUUCAAAUAAUGGGAUGGGAUGAACGAGGGAGGGAUACAGUUCUCCCCAUCCAUGCUCUCCUCCCUCCUCCCCUCUUUCUACAGCUAUUUCUCUCUUUCUAAUUUCUCUCUAUUUUUAACCUUUCUUUCCAAUUUCUUCUUUGUUUCCCGCUCAUUUUUUCGUGUUGAUUUAUGCAGCAUUUUCUAGGACUGAUGCUUAAUUGUUACUAUUUACAAUGCUGAGCAAAUAAAGAAAUGCUCAUAUGCAUUAAAAAAAAAAAAUCAGUUCUGCUUUUUCUGCAAUGCCAGGACCGUAAAUUGACCUUCAAUUUGGAGGAGGCAAAAUCCUUGAUUCUAGGGCCUUCUAAGAUGUUACUUGACUAACUCAUUCUAAAAGAAAGAUUUGGAAUGCUUUUUAAGGGAGGUAUCAUGUUCUUAGUUAUUGGAAACAACAUAAAUUCUAAUGAACUUUAAAUUUUAAUUUUUUUUGGCUCAAAAGUUGGAGGAGGCAGCUGCCUCCUCCGCCUCCAUGUAAUUUACGGCCCUGAAUGCUAUCCGUAAAUAUGGUGUGAAAGAUUAAAAAAAAAAAAAAAAAAAAAAGAUGCAUCGGCCGGGAAUCGAACCCGGGCCGCCCGCGUGGCAGGCGAGCAUUCUACCACUGAACCACCGAUGCCUACAUAUAUGUGGCACGUUGAUAAGAUAAAUGAAUUAAAAAAAAAAAAGAAAUGGUUGUAAAAUGAAAGUAUGUUUUUCAUUUUCCUUUCCAAGAACUGAGAAGUUUGUCAGAUGUUCACAUGAUCACCGUCACCACGACUCUAGCUCCUGUGAUAUGAUUGACACAUAAUUUCCCAGUUUCCGUACUUGGAAAAACGACCAAAGAGUCAGAUGAACUAACCAUGUCACCAGGUGGAGGAGAUGAUAUAAAUCUGAUGGAUAUACCACGAAAAGACGGGGAAAUGAAUGAAGUAGAAGAGAGACAGAGAGAAGUUAGGUUGUUUCAGGAGAGAAUCAGAAAAGGAGACGAACCCCUAAACAUAGCAUUUAUUGGAGCAGCUGGAAAUGGGAAAUCCUCACUGUGUAAUUCAAUCAUGACAGCCUUUUCUGGUGAGGGUUGGAGAGAGUGGGCUACUGUAGGACAUUUUGGUGGUUUAGGUGGACAGGUCACUCAUCACUUACUGAGCUUUCUCAAAGUGGAGUAUCUGGAGUCAGAUGAACUGCACGGCUACAACUAUCCCACCUUGGUGGACAUGAAUGGUUUCGAGAACAGUUCUGAUGAACUGACUGAGGAACUUCUUCGCAUUGUGUUCUAUGGGAGACUGCCAGAGGAGGAGAAACUAAUAGAUGCUGUCAAAUUGGCAAAAAAUAGAGGAAUCGAGGGCUUAAGAGAGCACUACUCCCAAAACCACGAAGAUUUAAAGAUAGACAGAAUUAUAUUUGUGGCAUCAGCCAAAGGUUCACUUCCAACACAUCUAAUGGAGGCAGUCAGAAAUACAGCUCACAAAGGGGACAGAGUAAUUCCAGUCUUCGGGGUUUUGACACACAGAGAUGAAGUGGACACAGGUGAUGUAGAAUACAUGAAGUUGGAGACAGAAUUUCGACAUGGCCUCGGACUUCCCGAGAACCGCUUCCUGCUCUGUACGACAUACUGUGACGCUUACGAUAAAUGUGUUGGUAAAAGCCGCCUUGAUCAUAAACAUCCAGGAUUGGACAUCCCUAUUCUCAAAUUCAUGAGACAGGUUUGUGACACAGCUUCAAGAGUAAUCAAAGACAGAACUACCUACAAUGAAGAAAGACCAACCCCUUCCUCUACAACCAACCCACCAGCAGACGACAGACAAACAACAGAGUCUGAAGCCAGGCGUAGGGAGAAUCUAAAACUGAUGAAGAUGUUUCUGAAGGGAGCAGUUGUUGCUGUCAUUGCUUGGAUUAUUUUACAAAUGUCCUACGAUGGCAAAGAUUUUGCCAGCAUCUGCUCACAGCACAGGUCCAGAUAUGAAUUCCAUGGCCACAGCCAUUGCAAGAUUGAUGACCUGGAGAUGCUAUGUAGUGAGAAGUCCUCACUAUUUAUGUGGAGGGGUAUUGUUUGUCUUCUGUUUGCGGCGGUUGUCAUUGCACUGGAUUACGUUUUUGAUAGAUAUAUCAAUCUUUUUGAGAUGUUGCAUUUUGAAUAGUAAAUGAAAAAAAAAUUUCCCUUGUAAUGGAAGAGUUUAGAAUCUGCUGUUCUGUGAAGAUAAUGCCGGUAGAGGGCUUUGUCAAAUGUGUUAUAUUUAGCUCAGUUAUGUAGAAGAUAUUCAAUGUUUUGUUGUUGGUUAUAGAAUUUAUUUCACGAGUGAGACAGUAUCUUUUUUUUUUUAAUAUUUUCACGAGUGUGAAGCACAUCAAAAUAAUCACCAAAUUUUAACCAUUCUAUAUUUAUUUUGUAAAUUUGAAUGAGAGUCACCAAAUUUACACUUGUGAAGAUCAGACAUCGAUAUCCCUUUACAUGUAUCUCUUAACUUCUUCAGAGUUUGAACCCACUAUACAGUUAUUUACAAUCUGUUGUUACAUGUAAAUGUAUUUAUAAUACAAUGCUGCCUUUCUGCAAUUUAUAUACAGUAGUGUUCCUUACUGGAAGAGGUUUUUCUGUAUCUACACUAGUCAUUCUGUAUAUCGUACUUAGGUGCUGGCUUUUCUGUAUCAUUCUGUAUAUCGUGCUAGGUGCUGUUUCCUGGGAAUGUUAAUUUAAAUUUUGCAUAGCAGUGUUUGAGAAACAAAUUAAAUUGUACAUGCUUGGUAUUUCUCCUAUCGAAGAUUGGGGGCAUUUUGUUUCUGCCCUGUCUGUCUGAAACUUUGACCUUGCUCACAUCUUUUGAAUGAUGAGUGAUAGGUCUCUCAUAUUGUGUGUUCUUGGGACAAGACCUUUCUCUUGGUAUCAAAAUUGUUUUUUUUAGCUUGGCCUUGGAGUUUGACCUACUUUUAAGAAAAUUUAACCCAGGCAACAUCUCCUGAACUAUUUAAUUGUUUGUGUGUUGCCUUCAGGGGUACAGUAUUUCACAGUCACAUCUUUAUUUUACUUCAGUCUUCAACUGUACUGUAUUACAGGCUUCAACUGUACUGUAUUACAGGCUAUAACUGUACUGUAUUACAGGCUUCAACUGUACUGUAUUACAGGCUUCAACUGUACUGUAUUACAGGCUACAACUGUACUGUAUUACAGGCUACAACUGUACUGUAUUACAGGCUACAACUGUACUGUAUUACAGGCUACAACUGUACUGUAUUACAGGCUUCAACUGUACUGUAUUACAGGCUUCAACUGUACUGUAUUACAGGCCAGUCAAGUAAAAACACUCUACUUUUAGCUUGUUAGAUUGUGCAUUUUGAAUAUCAAAAUGGUUAACAUUUAUUAGUACAUGUAUAUGCAAUGAUCUGAAAAUUGGAGAGAUCUUUAAAACUUUGUAGCAAGACAUAUAUCACUUGCAAGACUCUUUAAUAUGUAGUUACCCUAACUUAUUUUUAGAAAAUGAAACUGCAAUGUUUUCUGUUGUUUGAAGAUGGAGAUAAAGAAUUCUUUGGUUUGCUCUUAAAUGCCCCAAGAUUCCUAGGCUAAGACUUUGUUCUUGUUCUUGAUUUGCCUUUUUUCAUUUGCUUUUUUAUAGUUUUAGUUUCUCACAUGACCAUUAGUAUAAGUAGUGUAAUUGAGUAGAGAUGUACUCUCUAUGUGGCCAUGAAGAAGUUUAUCAGUGACAAAAUACAUGUAGAUCUUUAUUCGAGUUUUAUUUCAUUUUUAUUCUUUCCUAUAAAUGAUAACAGGGCAGCACAUACAUGUAACCUAGAUAAUAGAAAAUGGCAGAGAUGGCAUUAUGAACUGCAGAAGGAAAACACUCGAAGAGACUAUAGACAAUCUAAUCAGUGCCAAGUUUGAAUUGAAAGCAUAACUACUUGAUAUUUUGAACUACUUUAUGUUUUAUAUUUGAAACAGAUUUGUUGUUUGAAGGCUUGGAUAGUCAAGAGAGCAAUUAGCUGCAAUAAUGUAGCCCUCUCUGAUUUUUUUUUUUUUUUAGGGAGACCGAAAACGUCAGAAUUAAAAAAAAAAUUGGAUAGGGCUACAUUAUUGCAGCUAGAGAGCAAUGUGUUAUGUGCCAAAGUUCCAGUGUUGUCAAGCUGUAAUCACACUCACUAUUGUAAUGUUGUAUUAUGCUGUGUGCUAGUUAAAAUAAAAAGGUUUCACUGGU